GGUUCUCCCGGAAUCAGUACGAUGGCUGCUCGCUCAGGGUCGACAUGACGAGGCAAAGGCAAUCAUUACAAGAGUAGCUGCCGUCAACAAGGUUACACUGGAUCCAGAUGUACUCGAUGACUUUUUGUUAAAGGGAGACCAGGAGAAGAGGGUGACGCACACUCCUGUUGAUUUACUGAAAACCUUGGAUAGGGCUAAAGUGACACUUAAUAUCGCUUUGGUCUGGUUUGUGAACGCUUUGGUAUAUUAUGGCCUCUCAUUUGGUACUCAAGCUCUCGGAGGCAGUUUUUACCUCAAUUUUGCACUUAUGGGCUUGGCUGAAAUUCCGGGACAAUUUCUGGUGUUAUUCGUUUUGGAUAGGAUAGGGCGUCGAAAGAUUCUUUUCAUCUUCAUGGCAAUUGGUGGACUAGCAUGUGUUUUUGCUGUGCUCAUACCGAAUGACAUGCAAUGGCUGACUGUAACACUGGCUUUACUGGGGAAGAUGGAAAUAAGCACCACCUUUGCUGUCAUCUAUAUGGUUACUAGCGAGAUCUAUCCCACUGUGAUAAGGCACGUCAGCUUAAGCUUCCAUUCCUCUAUUGGACGGUUAGGUGGUCUUUUGGCUCCUCAGAUUCUCCUCUUGGAAACUGUCUACAAGCCGUUGCCGUUCAUAGUAAUUGGGUUGUGUUCCGUGACCGCCGGAGGGCUGGCAAUGUUGCUGCCAGAGACCCUGGGAAAACCCCUGUCUCAAACCAUGAGCGCUUUCGACACGGUGAUAAAUGGAAGAACAACAACGGUCCAGAAUCAAGAGGGAUGA